GUGUGCGUUGGCUUAUUGAGCGGCUCCAAAUACUUUGUAUUUCAAAUAGCUGAAUUCGCUCAAAAUGCAAAAGGCGCGCACCUUGUGCUCUCAAGCGGGUAAAGCAUUAUUUCGAACGCAAUUUUCUUGAAAGAAAAAAUAAAAUUUACAUUUUAUGCAUUGUAGAAAAAAAUAAAUAAAUAAAAGAAGACAAUUUUUCUUAUCAAAUAGAAAAAUAAAUGAAAAUUUGCAAACCUCAAUCGUGUUUGCAAUAAAAAGUGGUCUUCCGAUUGCUUGCUGGUUGUUGCUGUUACUGCGCGUUCUGGACUUCCCACUCGGUGCGUGUGUGCUUGUGUGAGUGCGUUCGUUUUUUACUUGUGUGUAUAUGAUAUUCGCAUGCAGGUUAGUUGCUUUUGCCGCUGCCACGCUGCCGCUGGCUCACUGUAGCUGCUGGGUUAGCCCACUGCUGGUGGUCACGGCAAGUGCCAGUAUCAAUUUUGUUCGGUUCAUAAAAGCAUCGCAGUAGCAACGGUUUUAUAGUAUGACGCAGACCAGUGGUCGUUGAGAGCAAAAUUCAAAUACAGUUUUACUAUAAACGCGCGUAGAUGAGUAAGCCGCAGUAGUAAAUUCAAAUAAAUGAAAAAAAAAAAACAAAAAACGCGCGCUGAAAAACCAAUAAUAUUAUAAAAAAAUAAAUAAAAGCAAAAAAAUUCAAGAAAAAAAUACAAAAUAUGAGUUAGUGAUCUGAGUAAUAAGAGAUAGUAAAAAAUAAAAAAUAAAAUUUAAAAACAAAUAAAAAAUAAAUAAAAUUUACAAACAAAUAAUUUUAUUACUUCAAUGUGACGUCUGAAACACAAAGUGAAACUUUUGCUGAAACUUAUAUACGCAAGCAUACUUUAAAUGCGAAAAAAUGCAGUCAAAUAAAUAUUUGUGAAAAUCAUCAAAAUUUCGCCCGAAAACGGUUUGUGAAAAUUAAUGUAAAAAAAGUAAAUUAUGCAGUUUUAUUGUUGUUGCUGUUGUAUUGUGUCGUAUGCAAGUAUGUGUGUGUGUAUACAUGUACAUAUCUUAAUAUCAACAGCAUAGCUGUAAUAAUGUGCUAUUUCUAAUUAAUAAAUUAAAUCAAUAAUUAAAUAUAAUUACAUCUAACCAUUUACACACCUUUUAUAAGUAAACGUCUACGCGGAAACUUAUGAAAUGUUACUCUGUGCUUAUCUACUUAAGUAAACGUUGUUGUGAAAUGUGUAUAGUACAUAUUUGCUUAGUCGUUUUCCGUUGAAAAAAAUUCCAACUUCUUUCGUAAAAAUAAACAGCAACUUAGCGGAAAAGUUCACUGAUUGAUUUGCAUCAAUGUUUUUGAUUUUGACGAAAUGCUCAAAUUUAAUUAGCGCUAAUUAACGACAACUCCAAAUGACUUGGCGCCAAGCGAAUAUUGUGAUUUUGUGUGUUUUUUUUUCAAUAAUGACACAUUACGUAUGUAAAUAUGUAUGUGAAUGUAUUUACAUACAUAUGUACAUACAUAUAUGGCUAUGAAAAAUGUUUGUAAGCUAAAAAUAACUCAGGAUUGUUUUGUAAAAUGAAAUAAAGUACAUUAUAUUAUGAUAUUAUUUUUAUUAGUUGAUAGAUACUUCGUUAAAACACUUAACUGUGAACAUACUUUUUGCUGUACAUCAGUAGUGGAUGUAAAUUUUGUUUCAAAACAGCUGAUUUAAUUAUAUUACAUAACAAAUUUUGUAUUUUAUGCGACGAUAUGUUUGUCCUUGCGAUCUACCGAAUAAUUUUGGCUUUCGUAAACAUUUUUAAAUAAUUAUUAAGGAAUGGUCAUAUACUUUGGUAUUAGGGGAAUAGGGAAGUUUGGGAUUUCCAAAAAAUCUACAAUUUUUGUGAUGUAAACUUUAGGACGCUAAAAAUAUUAUAAAUUGAAAAUCAUAUUUCCCUCGUCCACUCUACUGUAGCGUCGAAGCCAUUUUUUCAGAAUUACAUUUUUCAAAUCGGCCACCGUUGGUAUUCGAAAACUAUUCCAUGUAUGCGCUUGAAAAUUUAAAUGACUAUUCACUUCUUUUAUAAAAAUUUCUGAUACAUAAAAAUUAAAGCAUUUUUUGCCAAUCGAAAAACUUGUAUGGCAUAAUAAAAAAAUCAUCUAUAAUUUUUAAAUACACAUACAUAUACAUAUGUGCAAACAUAUAGCCUAAAAGAGAGAAAUUUGAUUUUUUUCUUUCUCCAAGAAUAAAACGCCCAAAUUAGGCCUCUUUUGAUGCCUCUAGACUGGUAUAACCUCAUAAUCAUAAUUAGGAGAGACCUUUAUCAUUUAUAGUUAUUAUAGCUUUGUAGUUUGGUUAUCGGUAUUAUUAGUACGCGAUUUAGCUUAAAUUAUAUGAACAUGGAUAUAGUUAACCGACCAUAUUUUUUCUCGCAAAGAACUGGCAUAUUUCAAAAGACGAAGUAUUCCGUGUUUUCGAUCUUCAGGUUUCGGUCAGUUAGUGAACGUCUUUUGUGUAUUUAAUUUUAUUGACGGAUAAUAUUUCGAAUAUCAUACAUACAUAUGUAACUGCUCUUGAUUCCGUGUGAGAGUAACAAGGAGCGGUAGUUUGGAGUGAAUUUUGAUAUCAUGCACAGGGUAUAGGUAUUUGGAGGACAAACAAGUAGAAUCAUAAUCAUCAUAGAGUCUUACAUUAAAAAUAAUAAAUGUUUAAAAGAACUAAUAGAAAAAAUUGUUACAACUUUGUAGCGCACCCUUUAUUGUCUACUACAGAUGCACAUCUUCUAAGCAUAGACUGAGUUAGGCGACGGCAAGUGUUCUAUGGAACAGAAUGCCCGACCCUUUGAACCUUUUCCAGAGUUCCACAUGGAACACCUGGUUUAAAUCAAUCUUUUCCUUAACGAUUUUACAAAAAUUUGCGAUUGGAUUCAGAUCUGGUGAUUGUGCUGAUGAAGCCUUAAUAUCAACGCCUUGGUCUGAAACCAUUUUUUUAAAUUAAUUUCGCAAAAAUAAUUAAUAGAAAAUUCUAUUCAGCAUUUGGGUUGUUUUACAAACUGUCGUCGUUUGCUGAGCAUUGGCACCUUUUGGGUCAAUCUGCCAAAGAGAUUUUUUUACACAAAUCGUCUUCUUAUCGCUUUUGAAGAUAUUUGUGCACCUAAUUCUCGUAGAAUGCUUGCAGCGGACUUAAGGGUUUAAAAAAAAUUGUUUUUUAUUGUCUUAUUAAACACCACUAGAAUAUUGUUCUAAAUUCAAGUUGAUCCGAGUAAUAGUUUCGAAGAUACAUCCUUGUCUUUAAACGCGUUAUUCUCGAAAGUGUGUUUUUGAAGCCGGUUGGCCAGAUUUCUCGAGAACUACUCAACCGAUCUUCAUGGAAUUUUACACAGGCCUUUGAGAUAUAAUUCUGAAAAACUUGGACGAAGGCUUUUUUUCGAUUACAACUAUUUGAAAAAAAAUGUCUCGAAAUUUUCAGUUUUUUGAAAAAAUGUCUGCCAAAAAUCCAAUUCUCAGCUUUUUUUCUUCGUCCAGUUCUAAGUUAAGGUUUUAACUAAAACACGUAUUUUUUCGCUUUAGAUGAUCUUGUAAGGUGUUAUGCUGACGUAUUUUUCUCCGAGGGGACACCGAAAAUGGUGACACAAUGGCCGAGUUUAAAAUAAUUUUUCCGAAAAAUUUCAGAGUUUCUUUGUUAAUUGUGGUUGUUUUUUACCAGAGGAAACCCAUGGAAACCCAAUCUUGAAAUAUUUUGAUUGGCUUCCGCAGUCUUAAUGAUCGGCCGUCACAUAUUUUCGGAGUUUUUAAGGGACUAAACACAAAUUUUCGCGACUUAUACAAUAUGUUGACAUCUUCACGUUAUUUAUUUUCAAAUAAAUUUUUUUUAGAUCGAACUGCUAUAGCAUUUGCUCCCGUAUAAACUGAGUUAAAGUUCUUUUACCUUAUAAGAAAUGCAUCUGUGAAGGACAUGGCUUUGUUGCAGCCGUUGUUAACGGUUUUUUCUGGUUUAAAUAUUAUUUUUUAUUUACAGAUCGAAAAUACCAUUCAUAUUCGCCAUACAGCGCCGUGACUUUUCAGUAUCAUAUGAAAUCCCUUCGAUUUUCUUUUUGAUUACUAUCAGUAGAGUAUGCAUACUUUAGUUAAAAGCGAUUAACUAUGACGGUACUCUAAGUAGUGAGUUUAGACGAAGAGAGCUGCUCUCUUUAACUCAAUUGCCUUGGCCAAAAAUCAGUGAACAUCAAUAUUUACAAAUCGAGUUCACAAAAAAAAAAAAAACAGAAAUCAAGCUUAAAAUCAAAACACACAUUCACACCUUCGUUUCAGCAAGCUUUUUAGCUCGUUGUCUUUUUCUGAGAACUCGUUAAAGCCCGCGCAUCAGCGCAAGAAAUAAAGUCAUACACGCCGGCGCAGCUGUUUCAGCGCGUCUUUCGCGAUAUCGGUGCGCUACCGCCUUCACCGGAGAGGGUGACUCACCUGACAAUGCGUGCUAAAGUAUUCCGUAAGCUGCGGCGCAACGAAGUAAUAGCCGAGACAAGUGUACGUCACACUGACGGCGUAAGACUGCGGAGCGCCGCUGUCUUGUUUCAAAAUUACGAAAUUGAGUGAGAAGAGAUUGAAUUGUAUUAAUUUAUGUUAAUUUGUCGACGCUUUUUGCUUAAUCAUUUAUUAACUAAGCUGCUAAUAUGUCAUAUGCACAUACAAGUGCUGAUGCUCAUAUAUAUGAGUAUGGAUGAAUGUGUGUGUAUGCAAAUCACUUUGAGCAAUUAAAAAUCAGUGAUCAAUUCAAAAUUUCCGGUAGAGUAUGGGAUUUUCCAAUUUUUUCGGAAGCUACGAUGAUACAUUUGCGCGUCACAAUCACGCUACGCUAUAAUAUAACAACAACAGCAAUAAAACUGUAACGAUUUGUGUUAAAUUUCCCAAUGCUCAUAUAAACCGGAUUAUAAAUUUCAGUGUUUGGAUAAAAAAAAUCUAUUUAAAUGACAAAGGCAGAGCUUGUGCUGCCAGACGGUUUUAGUCAAAAGUUUACAGAAAGUUACAACGUCGAAGCAAACGCAAGUCAAAGUGAAAAGAAAACCGUUAGAAAACGCAUGUGAAAACACACGCUGCAUGCGCGCAUCCCAGUGGAGUACAACAAUUUCUUGACUUAUUUGGUUCUAAAAAUCCGCAAAGCUGAAGAUAAAAACUACGCCCAGUAAUCCCUCCGCCGCCGCCGCUGCCGCCCUCGCUUCGAAUAACAGUGCGCCAUUACAACAACAUACGGGAAGAGUUCAUAACGGUGCAGAUAGCUAUCACCUACCGACGCAGACGCAGCCACCGUCGCUGGCUGUACCCAACAACACCAACGUGGCUGCCGUUGGUUGUCUUCGGUCCAUUUCUUCUGCCACCGUUUAUCCGAACGCCGCCAAAAUUGCUCCUUACCAAAGACGCAUGCAUUUGCCGAGCGCAUCGGCUGCGGUCUACAGCGGCGGCUCAACGUCUGGCGGACUCGUCGGCCUCGGCAGUGGAGGUGGCGGUGGCGGCGGCGUUGCUGGCGUCGGCAUUGGCAUUGGUGUUGGUAUCGACGACGCCGUCGGACAUAAUGUGUGCAGUCUGAUUGGCAAUGGCGCCGCCGCUAUGGCCACAUCGUGUACCUCGCCAAUGCGUUGGUGUGAAGGCGCCUCAGUGCCGCAACCGUUACCACCCAGUAAUGCGAGCAUAGGCAGUAGUUCACCGAUUGGUGGCGCUAGCAAUGGCACGGUGCAUAGUAGUAAUAGUAAUACGAAUAGUAGCAGUAAUAAUAAUAAUAAUGCUAAUAACAAUAACAAUCACAGUAGUGGUGGCAACAAUGUUGGCUGUCAGGAUCUGUGGUGGACGGAGCGUAUGGUGGAGAUGGCACACGAGAAGUUUCCCAACGAAUUAGUACGCACCAGCAAUCCAUAUUUCUUAUGCUCCAAGCUGCCACCGCACUGGCGUGCCAACAAAACGCUGCCCAACUCCUUCAAAGUGGUGGCACUCGUGGAGGUCGGCGACGGCACGACGGUGACGAUACGCGCCGGCAACGAUGAGAACUGCAGUGCGGAGCUGAAGAACUGCCAGGCGACGAUGAAGGAGCAUGUGGCCAAGUUUAAUGAUCUGCGCUUUGUGGGACGCAGCGGCCGAGGCAAAAGCUUUACGCUUACCAUCACCGUACAUACGAGUCCAAUACAGGUGGCCACCUAUGCCAAAGCUAUAAAAGUCACCGUUGAUGGUCCGCGUGAACCGCGCUCCAAGACAAGUCCCACCGGCGGUCUUCCAUUUCGCCCAGGAAGCAUCUUCGAUUCACCCUACCCGACGCCUUUGCGUGACUUUGAACCGCGUCGCCCCAUGCGCCAACCGCCGACUGUGUCUUCCAGUACCAAUGCGCUGCAGCAAAUAGCCAAUCACUCAUCGCCCAAUAGCAGUCGGACAAUAAAUAACGAAAUAUAUAAACCAAAUGCGGCAGAGAUAUCAGAAGCCAAUGCACUGAUGGGCGCCGCAGAUUGGACAACCGGUUAUCCGUCGUACAAUACAAGUGCCUAUACGCCCUAUCGAACCCACAACCCCUACCAAUAUCCGCAUCACACACCGACCGCUGCCGCGCCCACCAAUCUGCCACACUGUGGCUACGAUCCCAGCGUACCAACGACACUGACCGCCGAUCAUAGUCUUGCGGUACCCGGUAUGAUAACGGAUAUGACUUCGUUAUGUGAUUAUCCACACAGCGGCAUGGCAGCACCCACUGGCACCUACAUGCCGCAUGCGCAAGCGCCCAUUUGCAGCCCCAACCACUACGACGCCGGCAAAGCGGAGCUGGAAACUCUGAACAACACCUACCCCACAUACAACAAUUUCGCCAACGGCUACAACAAUUACAAUUAUAGCAGUUGCGCCGCUCAAGGUGGCGGUUACCCAGGGCAAGCAGCACCCACCAUGGUGCUGUGUCCGAAAUUCUACUCACACACCGUCAAUCAGAAUGAGAUUCAUGUGCAUGUGCACGACAACUCGUUGAUCAGCUCGCUCACAGGCUACCGAUCGAGCAUAGAGAUCGGCAUUGGUACCUCGGAUCACGAAGCUUUGAGUGCACAAGGAUCGGCGCAAGCAUUACAUGAUGCCCAAAUGGGUGGUGGCAGUGGCGGCGGUGACGGCAGUGUGGUCACAGCGUCGGACGUUAACAGCGCAGCGGCGAUCACAAGCAGCGAACACAACCUCCAACAGCAACAACAACAGCAGCAACAGCAUGACGCGCAGUCGCAGGUGCAACAGCAACAACAACAAACACAUUUGGAUGUGCCUCAGGUGGACGCGUCCGUAACGGGCGAGCAGCACAGCGGCGCUCGCAACGUGGAUGUGGGCGAUUUGGGCAAUGUCUGGCGUCCGUAUUGACCGGGCGGUGGUGGUGCAACCACGAAGACUUACGUACUUGCACAUUGAACUGACUUGAAAACUGAAAUUUGGAAGCAAAAACCUAAGGAUACAAUAUUUUUUUAAUUGUAGAUAAGUGUAACUAUAAUUUUUUGGAUUUUUCAAAAAUAGUUUUUGUGUUAAUAUUUUUUAUGAAAAAAAAAUUUUCGACCAACAAUUUUUGUUA